AAUGCAUGUGAUUCCACCCUACAAAACUAGUGUAUGAUCGUGCGCAGAUCAGUCGGCACGAAACGUGCGCGAGCGUCAGACGUGCUACAAUUAUUAAAUUAAAAUAAAAAGUGAAAUCUGUUUGUGUACAUCAAAAUGUCUUCGUCGCCUUAUGAACAUAUCUACUCAAACCAACAUGAGAAUAAUGAGUCUGAGGACAGAAAAGAAAAUACUCUAUUCUCAAAAUGCUGUUUUUGUAUACCUCUAGAGACUGGCUGCUUUGUACUUGGUUAUACUAGCUUGGUUCUAAACUUCAUAAUAUCACUGUUCUUCUUUGGAACUCUGGCAUUCUUAGCUAUUUACACCCAUGGUUUCCAAUACCUCCGUACCGAAAUGACAGAUGAUGACGAGGCUGUUCCUGAUAUGGAUUCCAUGGACAGUAACAAGUUGAUGCAGAUUAUCAUAAUUACUGUGUUGAAUGGAAGCUUGAAUCUGGCCUGGUUUGCUAUGUGCAUCGUCCUUCUUGUUGGUUUGCAUAAGAAACAACCAGGCUUUAUCAAGGUACAAGUGUCAAUUGCUACUAUCCGUAUCAUUUUAUCGAUAGUUGGCUUGGCUUUGUAUACCGGACACACCACUAACUCUUCAGUAUUUUGCACAGCAGAAAUAUUGCUCUCAACAUGCUUCAUUCUGCUGUACCACAGCUACGCCAAUCAAUUGAAGCAAGAACAACUAUCUGAAGACCCUAAAUUGACAAAAAUUGUGUCUAAUGUUAUCUGGAAAUAUCCUCAAAAUAUUGACCAACUGCCUUUGUCUGAGAAGAGGGAAAAGUACUAAUCAGCCUAAACUUUUGGAGCAUUCUAAUAAACUAUUUGAUCCCGAAUCCCGAAUCUCCAAAUCUCGAAAAGGUCAACUCUGGUGGUGCUCUUCUGGUGCAAGUCAAUUCUACUGCUCUUCUGGUGUUGCAAGUGUCCAUGGGUGGUGUCGACUGCUUAUCAUAUCAGGUGAUCUGUCCUGCCGAUACCUAAAAAUAUAGUUUAACAGUUUACUCAUGUAACUAUUCGUCGUGUCGCGGAAGGCUACACAUGAAUAUGAGCCCCUAGUGAGGCUUGAAACUAGCUGAAUUACAAUAAAAAUAGCAUAAUGCGUUACAGGUUGCAUUUUUAAUUAUUGUUUUAUUUAUUUAUUAGUCACGUAAAGCGUUAACUGCCGAAAGAAAACUGUUGAAGGCAAAUCAAUGACUGUGAUUUUUUUAUGUGUGAUAGAUACUUAACUAUUUAUGUAUAUUUUUGUGAAUUGUGUUGUUGGAAUGUAUUUUGCAAUGAAUACGUUGAUUGAUUUAAUUGUGGGAGAUAAUACAUAAAAAAUAAUAUCUGCAUUUUGUUAGGAUAAAUUGUAAUCUCAUUUGAUUUUGUUGGUUAAUUUUUGGGUUUUUUUAUGUUUUAAGCCUAAAUGUGUGAAAAUAUUAGUAUUUAUUAUAUUACACAAUUUAUUUAUUAUGUUAUAAAAUGUAAUUUAAAUACCUCUAUCGAAUAUAGUACUUUGAUAGUUCCUACAUUAAAUUAUUUAUAAUGAAUGAGGAUUAUUACUGUAAAAGUGAACAAAAAGGGUCAAAAUUGAUGUUAUUUCUGUUACUCUUUUAGUUGUCUGAUCAAACAAAACAAUAAAUAUUUUUUGGGUUUAAUA